AUGGUCAUAUCAAAUGUUCCAGAUAAAGGGAAUGGCUUAGUCUUUAACUUUGAGACUCAAGCUACUUUGAAUGCUAAAGAGAAAGUGGGGAGCGAGAAUCAAAGAUUGAUGACUGACGCCAUUAGAUCUGGUAGAGCGAUGGGAAUAAAGCCCCUUGAGAUGCAUACGCAAUCUGAGCAGGUGGUUGGUAAUUUCUUGGUUGAUCUUCCUGAGAAUCAAUCUUGUUCUAUGGUCUUCAGAGCUGGUCCCUCUCUGGCUGGCUAUUCCGUGACAAGUUUGAUGGAUAGGAAACCAAGAAGAAGACCUAACAGAGCUACGAGAAGGAAAAGAAAGGUUGAAGAUGGUCAACUUUUGGAGAUUGUGGUCAAGACUGCCCCUAAGAAAUUGUUUGACAAAGGUUCUGGACAUGCUCUUGAACCAGGUGAAGGUGGUGAUCAGGGACCCGUGGUUAAUGAACGAGUGGUCAAGAGAAAAGGUGCUGAUGAGUGCCAAGUUUGA